CUGCAGGAUUCGGUCCUGGUGAGCCCUGAGAACCCCCCGGAGCAGAAGAUCUGCACGGGGGACUGGUUCUACGAGGUGAAGCACUUUGAGGACUGUGACGUGGCCGUGAGCUACCCGGUGGCCCGGAGUUGCACCUGCGCCUCCUGCAACACGCUGAGCACCGACUGUGGACGCGUCCAGAGGGACAGCGUGGGCGCUAAGAGCCGCGUGUACGACAGCAGGGGCCUGCUUCUGUCCAGCGGGAAGGACCUGUGCGACUGCCUGGACGGGGACUGCAUGGGCUGCUUCUUCCCGUGUCCCGAGUGCGAGUCCCGGCGCUGCGGCGUGGAGUGCCGCUGCGACAGGAAGUGGCUCUACGAGCAAGUGGAGGUGGAGGGGGGGGAAAUCAUCCGGAACAAGUUUGCCGUCUAA